UACAAUUCAAUGAAAAGAUACGUUGUUAUUGUGCACAGCACAAUCUCAUCAAUUGAUGUCAGUAAAUCAUUUCAUUUAAUCAAAACUCUAUAAAUAACGAAAACCAUUCAUUUGAACAAAGAGCACUUGUGGUGCCUCUUCAGUUGGCCACAAGAGUGCUCUGGCGUUCGCAUUUUCGACGACUUCAAAGUAAACAGCUGAUUUAUUUGACAGUCGUCAGAAUAUUCUGCAUUUGUGUGGAUGGUUAAGUUCGUGUUUACAAUUAAAAAUGUUCUGUUCGUUGAGAUAUUGUGUUCGUACAUUGAAUAAAUCGUCCGUUCUGGUUGGAUUUCGUGGAUGUUCGCAAUUCGCUGAACAAACUCAAUCGCAUUUCGGCAAAAAUGGACACUAUGAUAUAAUCAUUGUUGGCGGUGGUGCGACUGGCAUUUCCUUAGCCGGCGCAAUCGCCAAGAAUCCAAAAUUGAGUGAGAAAAAGGUAUUGUUGUUGGAUGGAGCACCAAAAUUUAAGGGCUACAGCGAGAAUACCUACAGCAAUCGAGUUUAUGCCAUAAACCACAAUACGGUUAGAUUGAUGAAAGAUAUUGGAGCAUGGGACACCAUCAAAUCAAUUCGAUGCCGAGCUGUCAAACAGAUGCAGGUUUGGGACGCAUGCUCGGAUGCUUUGAUCACAUUCAAUCACGACAAUUUCAUCGGUGAUGUCGCUUACAUCGUGGAAAAUGAUGUGCUGGUCCAUUCAAUAUUAAAAGAGCUAGAACCAUUCGAUAACAUAACCAUAAGAAAUGAUACAAAAAUUGAUAAUGUUCAACUCGAAAAGGACGGAUUAACAUACAGCAAAGUACAAUUGAGCUCUGGUGAAGAUUUCAGCGCUGAAUUACUGGUUGGGGCCGAUGGAGCCAAUUCGUUGGUUCGCAAACAGAUGGAUGUGAAUUAUUUCGCACUAAACUAUAAUCAAAUGGGAUUGAUUGCAACGGUUGAAUUGGGCGAAUGCGAAGACAACUUCGUGGCAUGGCAACGUUUCCUACCCAGCGGUGUGAUUGCUCUUCUACCACUAUCCGAUAAACUCAGCUCAAUCGUUUGGAGCACCGAUAUCAAACACUUCAAACAGCUAAUGCAAUUAAACGACGCUGAUUUCAUCGAUGCCGUGAAUAAUGCAUUUUAUCAAAAGUAUGAAAAGAAUUCGAUGGUGGAAUUCGCAAUGGGUGCCGUACGAACGAUUUUAAAUAGCAACUCACACUCUGUGAGACAAUUACCUCCGCAAAUAACCGGAUUGUAUGGGAAAUCGAGAGCUGGUUUUCCACUCGGUUUUGGACAUUCUAGUAGCUAUGCCGGUCGUGGUGUUGUUCUCAUUGGAGACGCUGCUCAUCGCAUCCAUCCGUUGGCUGGUAUGGGAUUAAAUCUUGGAUUCGGUGAUGUGAAAUGUUUAACCGAUCAUUUGGCCAGAGCGACAUACAAUGGGUUCAUGCUGAACGAACUAAGUCAUUUAUGUGAAUAUGAGCAGCAACGUUUGAAACUCAAUGUACCGAUAUUGUUGGGUGUACACGGUUUGCAGUGUCUUUAUAAUACAGAUUUGAGUCCAGUUGUACUGGCGCGCAGCAUUGGUUUGCAGAUCACUCAACAGAUGGCACCCAUGAAGAAAUUCUUCAUGGAAAAGGCGAUGGGAUAGGCUCGAACUUUGGCUAUUAUUUGUAAUUAGAGAAAAUAAAACUUUCUAUUGAAAAUGAAAAAAAGUUUUGAAUUCUUUCAUUUAAUUGUCUAUAAAAUACUGUACUUUUGGCUUUUGAUUCAAAAUAAUGUUGAAUUUAGUAGCACAAAACAUUGGGCUAUGUUGGCCAAGGGAAAAUUUUCAUUCCACCAUCAAAAACUGUAAUGAAACGAAGAAAAAAGAAUUGGGUAGGAUUGAAUGAAGGUCAAAAUGUUGCCAGACAAAACAUUACAUAUUUGGUUGCUUCAUUCCAAUAAUAAUAAAUAGUCUGCUGCAAAAUUGUAUUGAUUAUCCUCCUACAUGGAAUAUGAUUAUCUAACUCAAAACAAGUAUAGAGACGGUUCUGUACAUUUCUGGAUAAUUCGCGUCAACAGCUUUUGAUGUCGUAAUUUGCUUGUUUACUGCAUAUUUUUGGAAAGUAAUAAACAAGUCGAUUCAAAUGCGGCCAAUUGGAUGCUUGUAAGACACAUUCGAUACUAGUUAUCAUUUGAAAUAGUAAACAUAAUUUUGGUUUUUUUCCUCUGAAAAUUAUAAUGUGAUUCAUGUCGUAUCAUCUCAUUAGCCAAUGGAAUGGUUUUUGAACCGAGUUCAUGGAUAUUAUCUUAUUAAUUUCACUGUAUUUUCCUAAUCAAUACCGUCUGCACGAAUACAAUUACACUAGCAUACAAAUUUGUAGCACUAGUACAGGGGCGAAGUGCAAUAGUCGAAACAAAGAAAAAUGAAAUUCAAUAUGACCAGAUUGAAAAGAAAGAGAAUUUUCAUCGAUUAAUUUGAGAAAUUUCGAAAGUUUCAUGCAUAAAAUGUGCAUCAAAAGUGGAAAAUUCUGGAAGUAUCGAAUCGAUCUGAUAAAAAAUGAAUAUUUCAGUGGAAAAAAACACGUAUUCACGUAUGACGAAUACACAUAUAGGUGAAUCACUCGAUGCGCAUGUGUAAGUGCUAUACUGUGCUGCACACAUGGGAGAAGUGCUAGAACGGAGCAAACGGUAUAAGUAGAGGUGCUGUUGCCAUGAUGAAAUCAUUCAGUUUUUGUGAUUCGUUGAGUGCGCACCUCUCCUUAGUACAAAAAGUGUUGAAUCGUUGAACAGUACUACAAAGUGAAAGGUUAUUUUUUUUUUCUCGUCAUCGCACAGCAGUUUAACAAAGAGAAAAAAAAUACGAACUGAACAUCGCAAAACGAAAUCACAAAUUCAGUACGAAUUCAGUAUGUGAAAAGUGACGCACUCAUUCGACGUCCCGGGCAUGAACGCUUUGGUUCGUCACAUAUCCAGCUAAACUAUUUAAUUGUCUUUCUGGGGUCGAUCAUUCAAUGGGUUGAAUGAAAUGUGGCAAGUUGAGAGAAGAGAGUUGAGCGUGUUUCGGUCUCAUUCAUGCAUAAAUGUAUGUUGCAGUCGCAAAAUGAUGGAAAUGAAUUGAUGUGUUCGCGGCGAAUAGGCAGCCAAAUUCUUUAUCGUGUGGGUCGUACGCGCUGGUCGCGCUGGUCUCGAUUAUCGAUUGUUUGAACAAAAACUGGUUCUGUGUGUCUUCUGUGUUCUGUCUACCAUCCGAGAGAAGAGGAGAGAUAGGCGGGUCAGCUGUUAGCUUGUGUGGAGGAUGGAUUGAUUUGCGAUUCUGGCUCGGUCGUCUGCAUCCAGAUACCACAGCUAAUGCGCGUGGCGAAACCUUCAUCCUUGUUCCCAAAUCGACGCUUUAUCGAAUUGGACUCUCGCUAGACUUGGUGUCGCUUCUGCACAGAUACAGUACUCACAAACAGACAAUAGUGAUUGUCACACCCAAUGACGAUAACUCAGGUCACCCUUACAUUUUGAACAUCAUAAACCCCAUAAACUUUAUCUUUUAUAGAAUGAAAAACAAAACAUUUAUCUCGAAAUCGAAAAAAAAACCAAAACACAUACCAAACGCAUACCGAAAAUUUGGGCGCAAACGUGCGACAAUUUUCUGGCGGCUUGUACGCAAACAUGGCAUCGCCAACGGGGGCUGACUUUCUACUACUACUACUAGCUUACUCAUCGACUGUACGAAAAAUUGGCACACAUCGAGCUUAGCUGAUGACCGUGGUGUCUUCUUCUUUUUCUUGUUUUUGUUUUCUUCCUCUUCUUUGAAUGUGUUACCGUUUAAUAGAGAAAGUGGGUCGCACGGAAUGACAGUCGGUCGGGCAUCGCAGAUAUUGUUUAGUCAUAUGAAACCGCCUAGGCGCUGAAUGGCAUCAUAUCAGUCAUCACAAAUCACACAUAAUCUCGUCGACCAGAACGUGAACUGAAACUGCAUCACUGAUUCACAUUGUCCUCUACUACCCGAACAAAACCAAACUCACAAAACGAGACGUUGCAAACGUUAGCGUAUUGAUAAGUUGCUCAAUAUUUAACAAAAUCAAACAAUUCUAUCCCACAAGUCGGCUCCUGAAUGGUGCGCGACGCCUCAACACUAAUGAGUCUGUUGUAUUCUUUAGCAGCACUAGAUCAAUAGCACACACACACACACACACACUCGCACCGCAUAAAGUCGAUGAACGCAACGAUGAAUCGAUCUGCAAUUCGGUAUCAUUGCAAUGCAUCGCACCGUGAACGCACGUGAUAGCAGCUCGUAAAACAUACACACUCUAUCGAGAGACAGAAUUUCGUGUCCACUUCAAGGAUAAGUGAUAAUUGCAGACUUAAAUACAAACACCUUACCCUUAAAUCGUUCCAAAAAAAAAAAAACCAAACAUACAACAUCUUAAAGCGGCUUCGAAAGCUGUUCAUUUACUCAUACAAUUGCUGUUUCUUCUUCAUCUAGACGUGAAUUGCCGUUCUUUGUGAGAGAACAAAUACGGUUGGUCGGGCUACCAAAUCCGUUUUGGUCGAUCCAGUGCUAGACUUUCACCUCACACUCGAAAUGUUCGAUAAUGAAGAUCGUGUAAACAACAGACCUGUGGUGCUAAGGCAAUCAAUUUUCUCACAUUUUUUUUUUCUUCUUUAAAAAUUCAAACAACAUACACAAAUCGAUUAGCAAACCAACAAAAAAAAAACAUUUGUUCCGAAAUAACACCCCAUCCCAAACCAUAACCGGGGUGCAAUUGUGUUCCAUUACCAGUUUUUUGCAGAAAAUUUUGUUUACGAAAGAUAAAAAUGCAGCUAGCUGAAUCGUAUCACGCACUUGAGACGUACACACAGCCAUACCAAAGAGUGAAUCGGUCAACGCAUACUCAUAAUCAGCACGUGUCUUGCAAUUAUAAGCGAACAAAAUUGUGUUUGGUCGAUAAGUAGAAUCACAUUCAAGUUGAACAUUCAAAAAAAAAAAAAAAAAAAACAGAUCGCAUCCGGGUGUUACCACCAAACGGAUCGCUUAAAACCAUAAACAAAAGUCUUCGUCUAUUCACUAGGAAUUAGGACAGAUAAUUGGCUGUUAAAAUUGUCGGUGGUGUGUGUGAGGUGAUCCCAUCCGCAGCUAGUCUCUCUGAUACACAUGUGAGCGUACGUGCGUGCAGAAACUGCAAUAGUGGCUACUGUUUUCGGACUGAAACACAUUAGCGCAAGUGAUCUCGUUUUCUGUUUUGUGUUAAAGUGCAUGAAUUUUUCUCUCUUAGAACUCUUUCAGCUUUACCAAAAUGCCCAUGCGCUCAUGGGCAUCCUUUUUUUUUAACUAAUCGAACAGUUUUUCUUCUGAUUUAUUUUAUCCUUCUGCCACAAGAAAAAAAAACACUUAGUGAAUGUAGUUGUUCUUGUUCGUGACAAAAAUUUUGUUAUACUCAUCAAAUUGUUGUACAAACAUACACACACGUAGCGGUGACGAUACUAACGAGCGAUUCGACGACACAUGUUUGUUUCGAUAUCGCGUUUGGGCGGUCAUCGUAAAUAGUAUUCAGCAAAUCGAUCAAAUUCUCUUACACACAAUUUAAUUUGUAUCGAAAAGCGUAAGCUAAACCAUUUUCCAAUUCAAUUGUCGUAAAAAAAUUUGUAUUUCGGUUACAGGCUCUUACACAUAAUACCCAAAUGGCUUAGUUGAAUCUGAAAAAAAAAAACCUCGGUCAACCAAUGUGGACGUUCAAUUCCCCUUCCGUUUCGGUUUCGGUUUCAAAAACCUAGUAAAACAUGUACAUUUUUUUUCCUAAUGAGAGAGAAACAAAAGAAAAUAAUUAAUUGUAAAAUGAUUCAAUCAUUCUUAAUCUCUCUAUCUAAUGUUUCAAUUGAUGAAAACACAUUAAUUUUUGUUGUAAAAAUUCGUAUGCAAUUGUAUUGUACACACAGAAUGUUCCAAUUUUGUAACGGAAUCUAUUGUAACAAAUGUUGUGUUUAACGAUUAAGUCCAAAAAUGAAAUUGUAUAUUGUGAAACAUCUAGUCAGAUAGACGAAAAAGAAAGACGCGAGCGUGCGGGCGUCCCGUGUUGAACGAGUUUCAUGCUAUAAUUUGGACGUUACCGAUCCAAUUCAUGAAUACUCAGGUAUUUUGGUGCUGCAAACCAAUUUUAAACACAUAUCAUAAAUUUUAUUUUUGUUAUACCAUUUGUUGUAUUCCGGCUUUCGCUUCGGCGUCAGCCAAAAAACACUAACGGUUUCUCUUUUCUGAGCAGAGAUUUUAUUUUGAGAAAAAUUAGAAACUAGAUCAUCUUUGUACCCGAACGAGUCUUAGUGUGUCAAUUCACGUGCGACGAGAAACCGAGCAAUUAAGUGGCAAAUGGUUCCAUACACAGCCUAGAUCGUUUCCAAUUUCAUACGUUGCAUACAGUUUAACUCUCAGAGAGUCAUCGCAGAACAAUCUGUCCACCAGCAAACCGGUUACAAAACAAACAAAACCAUUUCUAUUAGACACAUUUUCGUAGUUAUUAGCUAAAUGAAACAUUAAUUGGCAUCCAGCUUAUACCCGCAAUCCGGGUGAAUAAUUUAACGUUCAAUCGAAAUACCUCUUCUAUUUCCGUAUAGAACCUAUAGCAUUAGUGCGGCCGAUGACCGAUUCAGAGCACUCUGCUCUCGAACAAACAAAAAAAAAAAAAAAAAAAAAAACAAGAAAUGAAACGAAAGUUGAGCGGGGAAACACAUUUGGCCAACAAUCGAACACCUUUGAGGUUUUGAUCAACGGCACUCACUUACAAUCAAUGCAAUCUACACAAUAUUGCUGAUGCCUUCGACUGAGUAUGACGCGAACUAUCUGUCGCGCGGGGAUGGUAAACGAAUCUUUUCGAAUUGCGAGCAAACGAAACCAUCUUUUAGACUCAUUUCAGAUUUACAAUGAUAGACUAAGAGCAACCAAAACCACAUUUGUUAUGCGGUUCGAAUGAGCUGUUCCGAGACUUAUCUUUCACACUUCCUCCUCCGUGUGUGUGUGCGCACUGAGACGCACUGAGCAGAUUCUUUUUACUUUGACUGGUUCGCGGCGCCGAACUAUGCGCUUUUACUGACUAAUAUGACUUGGCAUCACUUACAUCUUUUGUUACGCGCGUGCGGGGCGUCUGACUUCUUGGGGCCAUUCUUUCUUUGAAUCAAUCAUCAUACACACAAUCAUCUGUUCUUCCUUUGUGCAUAAUUACUCACCAAUCAAACGGUUAGCGGUCUUUUAUCAGCGAUGCACCUUUCUUUGAUGACACAUUUUGGGGCUACUCAUCCAGAAUACUUACUCUUAAACCGCACUUGAUACAUUUCGAGCUAAAUUUUACGAUCUGUGGAGCGAAUGUGCGUCGAAUUCAAACACUUGAUUUUCAAUGUCAAACACUUUCGACACUAUCCAAACAAUUCAUCAAUCAACGAUUCAUCAGACGACAAUGUUGCAGCAGUUAUUUGAACCAUACUAAAUCAUUUCGAAAACAAACUAAAUUGAAACUUCAAUCAGCUAUCAUUCAAACUGUAUAUGGACUUUAUCACCUUGGGAAAUAUUCAACUCUUUAUUCUUGCUAUUGAAAUUGUUACUACAGCACAAGUAGCCAAACAUAAACACAUUCGCUCCAAUGCUACGAAUAUCUUGUUCGUUACCUGUACAUUAUAAUUCCAUCGAUGGAUUCGACGAACAUCAAAUUUGAUAUAAAAAUCUAGAAACAGUGGAGAUCGAAAUCAACGUCGACGGUGCCUGGGAUGAUGCAAACAUCGACAGCCGAGCCUGAUGGAGAAAAAACAGCGACAACGGUGCAUAGGAUAUAGCAAACUGCGACAACGGAGCAUGGGAUAUAGAAAACAACGGCAGCCGAGCCUUGAGAGGCAUGUAAUCAGCGUCGAUGGUAUCUAGCGGGCUUGAAUGGUUCAACGUCAACGGUGCCUUGGGAUUCUUUGGGGCAAUGGACAACGUCAGCGGAGCCUUGUGGAUUUUGGACUCAUUCAACGGCAUCGGAGCCUUGUGACUGAGGAGGGAUUGGACUGGACUGGAUCAUCGCCAGCGGAGCCUAUUGGAGGAGUUCAUCGCGGAGUGGAGCUGAGCUGAGCUAAGCUGAGGAUUGCUGUUUUGGUUUUUACCAGGCAAAAUUUGACUGCAAUUCGCACGAAUCGAGCCCAAAACGAUAUCUUCGAGCCAAUUAAUCGGAACUAACACCACAAAAUAUCAAACUCAUCCAAACACACAACAUUUAUUGCAUAUAAUCCACACUGCACACACAUCGCAAAAGCAGCUUUAACACAUCCGAUUGGAGUGCGUUGAUGUUGAAAGCGUGCGAUUUAUCGUCGUAUUGUGGGGUGAUUUCGAGACUGAAAUUCAACGAUUUCGAAGAUAUCGUCUAACUAUUAAUCAGAUUACACAACUAUGAUUUACCAACUCAAUGAAUUUUAAAGCGAUUAACGAAUAUCAUUCACGAACUUUCAUCAAAUCAUUGUUCACAUGUUUUGUUGCACCAAAUUGUACAUAUAUAUAGUUUUGUUUAUUUUGACAAAUAUCUCUAUAGAAAACCAAUUGCAAAAACAUAAUGAUUUCAUUUUGAGACAAAAACGAUUACAAAAUCGAGUACGAACCGAACGAAAAAUUGUUAUGCGAGAAAAAAAAACAAAUUGUUGAAAUACUUGUUGAAUCAUGAAAUUUGAUGAAACUGUCGAUAAGCUAAGGUCUGCUUUGUAUGAGAUGUAACACAACUUUUCCUCGACUUGCUACAUUUUGACUGUGAUUUCUUUUCCUUAGGUGCUUUCAAUUUGAUUGUAUUCAUUUCUUUUGUUUGCUUUUAUGUUGAUAUUUAUUAACUUUCUCUUCGUAAUUUCCUUUUUUUUUUUUAUUUAUAAAUCCUUGUACGGUUUAUAACGUUGUUGAAAAAAAAAAUUAUAUGAUUGAACCAUCCUAUCAUCGAGCUCCGGAAAAAAUUAUCUUCUAUGAGGAAAAAAAAAAGAAUGAAUUAGCGAGCCAAUAAAAACGAAAAAAGUGUUGAAAACUUUUGUCUUUUAAAUGGGAACAUGAAUAAAUGCAUCAUUCAUUUUACUGAACCGAAA